AUGUACUGGACAAGUGGCAUAGCAAAGGUUCUAACUGUUAGUAAAACGAAUAGUUUAAGAGUCGAGAGCGUUGACGAGAAGGGGACAGUGGUCAAUGAGGAGGGUGAAGAGAAAAUCGGUGUGUCUCCAGUGAUUUUACAUAUGCGACGCAAUAAAAGUGGAAAUCUGUUUAUAACUCUAACUAAAGACUCUAUUCAACUUUGGAGUUUUCGGCCAACCGCAUUGAUAUCACAGAUAACGCGCACUGCCAAGUCAAUUGGAGAAUAUGGUGCAAAUGAGAACGUAUUUUGGAAACCGGACGGAACCCUAGUAAUUGUUCAGACAACACAAAAUUGUCUACUCACCUAUAGUGUUCUCCCAUUCGAUGAUAAGAGUUUUAAAUACCAAUUCGGCAAAAAUCCACAUCAUUACGCUACAGGAGCAGGAGAAGGACAUGGAAUCAAAACAUUCUUGCUAAAAUUCCGAAUGACAAUUCGGAUUGAUGCAGGCAUGGAGACUGGAGUCGGCACGGAAGAUUACUUGGUCGUGACGACAAAAAACCCUCCAGCCAUCCAGUGUAUUCCGUGGCAAGCAGAGCCGCGAGGGACGAAAACCAAUAUUCUCGGUAGAUUAGACUUCGUGGAAUCAAGAGGAGCUAGCAUCUUGCAUAUUUGUUAUGAUCAUAAAAUGGAUCUGUAUGGAUGGAUCACAACAGACGGCAAAGCAUAUGCGGCUCAAUUCGUUGAAGACAGAUCAUCUCAGGAAGAGAAGAGUAAAGCCCCGCCAAUCUAUUGGUCUGGAUUUUGUAUUCACGGUGUCGGCGAAAGUCGAAUACCAACAGAGAUGAAGGCUACUCGCAUAUCAAUAAACGCUAAAUUUUCGCUUAUAGCUGUCGGAACUGAGGGAGGUGUGGUCUAUUUAUACUAUGCAAAAAAUUAUAUAGGAGGCAUUUAUUUCUCCCAUAAAUUGACGAUCGGCGAAAAAACACGCGUUUCUACUGGUGCAGUUACUUCUCUUGCGUGGACAUCCGAUGGUUACGCACUCGCAGUUGGAUGGCGCAAUGAAGGAUUAGCUUUAUGGAGUGUUUACGGACGGCUGUUGAUGUCUACACUUCAGGAUGAAGAACUACAGUCAUUUCAGACCAGCUGCCAAGAUGCUUUUGUGCACGGAGUGAACGAUAUGUUCUGGAGUUCAGGGAAUUGUGAACUUUUUGUCUUGCAUCAAGCAACAACAUCAACUGAAGAGCAAUUGUACACUAUUCCAUUUGCAAGGUCAGCGGUAACUGGAUUUCAUAGCUCAGAUAAUGCAAAGAGAGGAUUUCUGCAGAUGGAUGAUCGCCUGCUACUUUAUCGUGGUGGGGAUCAGGAGGAUCUCAGUGCAAUAAAUCCAGACGCUAUCGUCUGGCAGCAUAUCCAGAUACCAAUCAUGUACAUAAGCGAUAAUUGGCCUAUUAAGUACGCUUCCAUUAGCAGCGAUGGUCGUUACAUUGCUAUAGCUGGACGUCGAGGUUUAGCGCAUUAUAAUGUAUUCUCUGGCAGAUGGAAAUUAUUUGGUAACCAACAGCAGGAGAAGGAAUUCAAAGUGCGUGGCGGACUCCUCUGGUUCAGACAAAUUUUAUUUGCCGCAUGUGAAAAUAUGAGGACACACACUUAUGAAAUUCGUUCAUAUUCGCGAGAAACAAAUCUAGAUAACAUCCAUAUGAUACAGUGUGUCAGAGUUCCUAGCAAUGUGUUAUAUCUGACCAUCGUCGAGAAUGCAUUGCUUGCUUACUGUGACGACAAUCUUAUGUAUCAUUAUCUCAUGGUAACACCACCAAAUGAGGCAGGAAAGGGUAUCAUUAUGUUGGAAUUAGCUCAGCAGAUAUCAUUCAUGGGUGUGAUACAUGCAGCAGCACGCGUUAGAUCGAUCUCGUGGUUUCAACCGAAAGCACAAACGGCGUUUACUCCAGAAAGCAUGCAAGCGGCAACAAUAAUUUUCUUAAUAGACGGAAAGCUUGUAUUACUUACCCCGCAGAAGAGCGACGCUGGCGAAGUGCAAUAUGAUCUUCAUGUUCUCGCCGACAGGAUUGAAUUCUAUUGGAUGGCCAAUAGGGGGAUUGGAAGUCUCAAGAAUUCCUUGUGGGCGUGCGAUGGUAAAAGCGUCAAUAUAUGGAUGGAUGUAUGGUCAGAUGAUGAAAUUGCGUCCAGUUGGCAUGACGAGGCAAUAUCGGCGGCUCCAAAGGAGGCGUUGAGUAUUAAACUCGGUUUCUAUCCGUUAUCUGUUCUUCUCGACAAAGGGAUCAUUGUUGGAGCUGAACAACAAGUAUCCGUACGAAGUUCUCUUGAUUUUGCUGUAUUUAAAUUUGCAACAAAUACACAUUUAUUUUUGCAAUACAUAAUAAGAUAUAUGCUUACGAGGGGUCUUGACGAAGAGGCCGUUGCAUUUGCGCGAAGUUAUGAGCAAUUAGUAUAUUUUGGACACGCACUUGAAGUUUUAUUGCAUCAUGUACUAGAAGAUGAGGCAGAGUUAUCUGUGGGCACAGGGCAUGGAGCAGUGCUUCCGCGCGUAGUCAAGUUUUUAAGUCAUUUCCCACAAGCAUUAGAUGCUAUUGUUGGAUGUGCUCGAAAAACAGAAGUAGCACUCUGGGAUUAUUUAUUCUCUAUUGUUGGAAGUCCAAAGGAUCUUUUUGAGAAAUGUAUGAGUACUGGUCUUCUCAAAACAGCAACAUCUUAUCUUUUGGUAUUGCAUACGCUGGAACCAUCAGCUGACAGCAGUCAGGAUACGAUACGUUUAUUAUCUAAAGCAAUGGAAGUUGAAGAUUAUGAGUUAUGCAAGGAACUUGUGCGAUUCUUAAGUUCUAUAGACGGAAGUGGACAAACAUUAUCUGAAGCAUUGGUAAGCAUCCAGCUUUCGUCUGAAAACGCGAAACUAGUGGCUUCACCUGUUCAAAGCAACGUCUAG